CUAUUUGCUGUAGGAACGUACAUCUUUAAAGUAAUGUUUCCGCCCGACUACUUUACAGUAGUGGACCUGUGAAGAUUGCAAGGAUGGAAGUGAGGGAUGCUAACGCUGCGAUGCUAAGCAAUUAUGAGGUAUAUCAGCUGCUGACAGAGUUGAAAGAGAAGAGGAAAGAGAGUGUUAAAAACAAGCACAGCACUGGGCAGCAGAACCUUAACACUAUAAUGUAUGAGACACUUAAGUAUCUCUCCAAGACACCAUGUGCACAGCAGAGUCCUGAGAUAAUGAAAGACUUCCUUAGUGCGAUGCUUCCACACAAACUCACCAAAGCAGAGAAACUGCAGCUGCUGAACCACAGACCACAGACUGCUGUUGAGAUCCAACUGAUAGUAGAAGAGAGUGAAGAACGGCUGACAGAAGAACAAAUAGAUGAGCUUAUUCAGACUGUCACAGACAUCCUUCCUGCAGAUCCUCAGCAAGAAGGCGGUGCUGCAGAAGGUGCUGAAAUGGACGCAAGCACAGAUCAAUGAUUAAAAAUAAAUCCAGGAAUCAUCAUCAUCUGGAUGUUUAAAACAACUGUUUAGCCAAAAUGACAUGCACACAAUAUUAGUUAUCAGGUGUCUGAAGUUUUGCUUCUGUAGUUUUGCACUGGAGUAAACAAAUAAGGAGAAGUUCUGAAAACUGCCGGUCAUCGUUUGUCUUAAUAAUAACAUUUGUACAUGAACCUAUUGUAAAUGAAACAACACAGAUCUUCCAUGUGAACUUGUUAAUGCAUAUUGCCUUCAAGCCUGCAACAUUUUACAUUGUCUUUGUGUAACAUUUUGCAACUGAAGCUUGCAACAUGUUUGCAAGUUUACUAGGAGCAGUUUGGCAUCAGAUCAGCAUAGACCAAGAUACAGAACUUUGCUAUUAUUAUCAUGGUGAACUGAAAAGGGAAAAAUUCCAUUUUUGUACUACUUAGUUAAACAAUGUACUUCAUUGUUAAACCACAUAAAUCAGUGUAUAUGAGAUUAUCCAACAAAUGGGCAUGGUUUGAGACAAGUAUGCAGUUUGCACAAGCUAUGCAAAGUGUUGGAUGUUUGCUUCCCUUUCUUAGAUCCAAUGCAAAAUGAAAGAAGGAACUUUGCACACCAAGCAUGAUUCAAUGAGGAAAAUUGUGUAAAGUGUGUAUUACUGAAGCAUUUUGAGUUUCAUUACAUUAAUGAAAGCUAGUAGUUUUAUGCAUUGUGAUUAAUUAAAGCUGGAUCGUUACAUGCUGAGAAAUGUUUCUAUGCUUCCUUUCAUUAGAAGUGUUUCUGAGGCAUAUAUUUGGUCGUUAUGAGUGUUUUUUUUUUACUGUGGUUUUGUCAAAACAUUUUCAGCAGCACUCUGGUUAAAACAGGCCGGGGCAAAAAAAAAAAAAAAAGGAUGUUCUCAGAGCUACAAAGGUGUACUUCCUCUCCUUGCAUCAUGUUGCAUUUCUUGCAUUAUGUUGAUGUGUGUGUGUGUAUAUACAAAGUAUCUAAACCUUUGUAGUUUUAUUCAUUAUGUUUAGUAGCUGUUGUAAGCAGAAAGACUUUACUGCUUGGGCUUGAGUUCAUGAUAUAUAUAUAUAUAUAUAUAUAUUUUUUUUUUUUGUAGUGCUUGACUCAUCUUUCUAUAAACAGCCUUUCACACAGGAAGCUAUUUUUGUGCAAGCCUGUACAACUAAUCUUGCUUUAACUGCUAAACUUGAUGUUUCACUACCUGCUUGUAUAUUCUUUUAAACACCCUUUCAACAGUUUCUUCCUAGUUUUACAAGAUUGACCUUUAGAUUUAUUUUUGAACAUAUGAGAAUUGAGAGUUUGUUUCCUAGCGCGGCUGUGAUUUGGAGAGUCCUGAUCCCUAGCUCAAGCAUUAAAUAUUAAGGUAUCACAAACAAGACAUGUGCCUUGCAAAAAGUUUUACUGCACUGUGUGAAAGUUCAGGAAUAAUGAAAUAUAAUAAAUGCAGUAAGUAAAUAUGGUA